AUGAAAUCAACCCUCUUCCUCCUCGCGCUGGCCGGCGCCGCCCUAGGCGCAAAAACCUGCACGCCUAGUUUCGAUUACUGCGCUAAUAAGCUCAUUGCUGACAAGGGCUUCACCGAGGCAGAUCUCGAAGCUGUUCUCAAGGGGACGGAUCUUGAGACCGCGGACCUGAAGAAUGUGCUCUUCCACUGCAAGAAUCCUGGAGAUGUGGGACAUGCGAAGCUGUGUCCCAAUGGGUGUACAGACCCAGCGACGGAAGGGAGUCAUGGGUGUUAG